GCAUAUAUACCACCUGCCAGUACACCCCGGAUAGUUCCACUCCCAUUUUUUGAGAUGCUGAGCGCGCUAUAUAGUGGUGUGUCCUCAUCUAGAUAUGCAAUCCGGCAUGCUGCAUCCUCUGCAAUCGCGCGUAUUACCGGGCAACGGACGCUCGCAACUCUCCGCCCAGAGCGCGACCCCGACUUGGUGACCAUAGUGGAAGUUGGGCCUCGUGAUGGGCUGCAAAACGAGAAAUCAGUCAUCUCGACUGACACCAAGAUUGAACUGGUGAAUCGCCUAAGCCGAGUGGGACUGUCCGUAAUUGAAGCUGGUAGCUUCGUCAGCCCAAAGUGGGUCCCUCAGAUGGCGGGCUCAGCGGAUGUCCUCAAGGGCAUGGAACGACUUCCCGACGUCCAUUAUCCCGUCCUGGUACCGAAUCUCAAGGGGCUUUCGCACCUGAUUGCUCUUCUUCGAUCAAACCCAACUACCUCUCCAUUAACGGAUGAAAUUGCCGUGUUCACUGCGGCUACCGAUGCAUUCUCACAAGCGAACACGAACUGUACUGUUGCUGAAUCGCUGGACCGUCUGUCUGCUGUGACGCGCACUGCACUCGACAAUGGGUUGCGCGUGCGGGGAUAUGUUAGCGUGGUGAUCGACUGUCCGUACAGUGGAAAAGUGGAUCCGACUCAAGUCAGGGACAUCGCGAAGAUCCUACUGGAUAUGGGUUGUUAUGAAGUUAGUCUAGGCGACACAGUCGGCACUGGCAACACCGCAACCGUAGGGACAAUGCUGGAGACAGUCACAGGCGUUAUCCCGGUAGAGAAGUUGGCGGGACAUUUUCAUGAUACGUACGGGAUGGCCGUUUCAAACGGGAUUCUGGCACUCUCGGCGGGUAUCCGAACUCUCGACAGUUCUAUAGGGGGGUUGGGUGGCUGCCCCUAUUCUCCUGGGGCGACUGGCAAUGUCGCUACUGAGGACAUUCUCUACGCGCUCCGCGGAACGAAGUACCACACGAGGCACAGGACAGAGGAUCGUCUGGUUGAUGUCGCAGAAAUUGGAUGGUGGAUCAGCGAGCAACUUGGCCGCGCCAGUGCGAGCAGAGUCGGUCGUGCGUUGAAGGCUAAACAUGAGCGACAGAAGCUUCGGGAAAAGGCGAACGCAAAGCUUUGACGCCUGCGUAAUGUGUCAGGCCUGAGUGAUACAAAUUGAUUGUAUAGCUGUCCAUAGAAAGCAUACAGUGUUAUGCUCUCGUUUCGAUGCCUCUACUCUACGUUCUCCAAGAAGCCCAUGCCUCCUGCCCGUACUUUACUGAUGAAGUGGUCGUACCACUUCACGAUGACAUUCAUAGGUAUCAUUGUUUCGGGUGUAAUUCCUCCGCCGGCUGAGAAACCUGAUACGUAAUUGAACAGAUGCUUAACAACCUUUUCCGCCAACGAAGUAGGGUCUGCGGCCGUCGGUGUCUUUGCUAUCGCCAAAGACGCAGAGGGCAGUGCAGAUAUUUGUUGAGAGAUCAGCGGUAGCGGUUCUAUUGCGAGUCCAAGGACGGCAGUGACGUCCAAUGAUGUGCCAGUCAUGCCAACAUUGGAGCCGAAGGCGGCGUGAGCGGAGGAAGACGAGGAGGACUGGGUGAAUGUGCCGCGUAACCUGAAUAUUGCGGACGGUUUGUCAUUCGAAAGCAUUCCGAGCAGCUGGAAGCCCUUUCCCGGCCAGAAAAAGUGCACCGUCGCACCGUAACCCUCGGGGAACGGGACGGUACCGAGCAAGAAAACAGAUACGUGGUUGAUUGUGCUCGCCGCGGGGAGCUCGAAGUAGGCAUGUGUUUCAUCCACCUGGGUCAUCUCCGUUUGUAGGAGCCUCCCAGCGACAACGCAACCAAACAUUGGGGGCGGUUAUGCGGGGUUAUAAGAAGGUCCAGCGACGGUAAGAGC